UUAGCACAAUAUUAUUAUGGAUUCUCUUUUAGUCUCAAUUUAUUCAAUUGCCUUAAUCCUCUUAGGAGCUUAUCUAAUACUACGUCGGAGAUAUUCCUAUUGGGCAGACCGUGGUGUUUUGCACGAUAAACCGAAACUUAUUUUUGGCAAUAUUCGCGAGUUCGGACGUACCAAGGCCCUUUUUAUUAUUAUUCGGGAAUAUUAUAUGAAAUACAAAGGAAAAGCAAAAUAUGUUGGUUUUUAUCUAUUUAUACGACGUACAAUACUUAUACUUGAUUUGGAACUUAUAAAAAAUGUGCUUAUCAAGGAUUAUGAGUACUUUCCCAAUCGUGGAACUUAUUAUAAUGAGAAGGAUGAUCCGAUAUCAGCAAGUAUAAUGCAUUUGGAUUAUGAAAAAUGGCGAAAUAUGCGUGUUAAACUUACUCCGACAUUUACUUCGGGAAAAAUGAAAUUUAUGUUUCCAACUGUGGUUGAUGUUGCCACCCAAUUAGUUGAAGUUAUGAGAGAUGCACAUGAAUCCGGUUCAUUUGAAAUGGGUAUUGAGUUUGAAGAUAUAAUAGCACGAUAUGCAGUAGAUGUCAUCGGAAGUGUUGCUUUCGGUUUAAGUUGUAAUAGUCUCAAGAAUCCUGAAGCAGAAUUUAAAGUGAUGGGUGAAAAAGGUUUUCCUUGCAAACAUAAUUGGUUAGUGCACUCAUUUAUGAACUCAUAUCCGAAUUUAGCAAGAAAAUUAGGUGUGAAAUAUCAUUUCGAUGAUGUUGGAGAAUUUUUUUUACGAAUUGUUCGUGAAACUGUAACAUAUCGUGAGAAGACUGGAACACAACGAAAGGACUUCUUAAACCUGCUUAUAGAUUUAAAAAAUUCAGAUACGGCAGAUCCUAUAACUAUGGAACAGAUAACAGCACAAGCAUAUGUAUUUUUCACUGCCGGAUUUGAAACGAGUUCAUGUACAAUGAGUUUUUGUCUAUAUGAAUUGGCUCUGAAUCAAAUGGUGCAGAAUAAACUUAGAGAGGAAGUUAUGGAAGUACUUACACGUUAUGAAGGAAAAUUUACAUAUGAAGCAAUGAAUGAAAUGAAAUAUAUGGAAAAGGUUUAA